CUUACUUUUGUUUUGUCCCCGGCCGAUUUAAUCAUUUGGAAUAUUCGCCUUUUCAUUUUCAUUUUCGGUUUGGCUUUCUUUUGAAAUUUUCAUUUUAUUUUUGUACUUUCAGAUAGACCUUGUUCCCCUCUUUUGUCAACACCACAGCCCCCCUUGCGUUGCCUUUAUAAAAUCGCCUUGCAAUAAAAAUAAACCCAAAGGCCAAAAAGGCGGUGGCGAAAGGCAGCCGCUUUUUAUAUUUCCAACCACAAGCUAAUUUUCCACUUUCGCUUUCAUUUUAUUCCACUUAAUAUUUUUUGUACUUUUAAACUGCCACUUUAACUUGUCUGUACCACACAUUGUUACAACUGUACAUUAUCACAAUAACCUAAUUGCCUUUUUUAUAUAAACAUUUGCAACAGCUACAACUCGCGGCCAAUGACGGAAAUUCCAGCGACAACUGCAUUAUCAGCUACCUCUCACACAGACCAGUUUCCCGCCUCCGUGCGGCGUGGGAGGUCCUCCCGGUUUUCGGUUCUCCUUGAGGGCAGCGUCGACUACGCAUCGUACCGUGCAGCAUACGGGCGACAAUUCCUCCAGCAGCAGCCAAAGUUUGACUCGUUAAAAGACGCCGAAAUUGAACUAAAAUGCGUCCUUCAUGACUCCACAUUUACACAGCAAGCCAUGGACGUGUCCAUAAUGGCGGAGAACGUGGCAUUGGCCGUGGACUGGUUCAUUAGCGCCCUGGUGCUGCUGUUCGACUGUGACGAGCCGUUUCAGAAUCCGGAAUUCAUCCAGCUAUGCUGCAUGUUCUUUGCCUCGCCACUGUACGAGAACAACACGCGGCUGGUCCAGAGGCACCUGGUCAAGCGGGCGUACGCGGAGCUGAAUAUCGGGCCUGAGGACUCGUACAAGGACACACUGUGGCUUCUCUUGGCGUUCUUGCAUUUAAUCACAGAGUUCCAGCCGGACACACACCUGCUAUGCAAGGACAGCGGCCUGUUCCCGCUCUUGCAACGGCUGGCUGUGGGGUGCUCGGAGCAUCCGAAUUUGCAGGUCCUCGGCAUGUCGCUGAUGUUUGAGAUUGCCCAGGCAGUGACGCUAUCGCAGACGGACUUUGCCUGCGUCACUAAUGAGUCGCUGCAGUUUCUGCUCGAGUAUAUCGAGCGCAUGCGGUACGCCGAGAGUGACGUGUACAACAACACAGGCACAAAGUUAGUGCUGGCUCUGAAUGAGCAGUUUCUGCGCCAAAGCGGAUAUGCAUCCAUACCGUCAUCGCCAGUCGGCAUGUCCAACGGAUGCAGGGAUUCGCAGGGCGCGGCACUGCAGCACCGCGUGCUGGUGGAUAAACUAGCCUCUGCCAGGGCACUGGACCAGCCGAUGGCACCUCUGGACGCUAGCAUUUUGGCGGUGCCCGAGGAACGGCCACCUCGCCAGCAACUGCAUAUUCGCCCGAUGUCAGAAAUCCUGACAUCGCCGUCACUGGGACACGAGCAUGAGCGGGAGUUUGGCGACGAUGGCGAAUACGCCGGUGUGGCGGAAACCGCCCACGCAUUGGCCUUGCUCACCGCUGCUCCCCUUCGCAACCCGGCACUGCGCACGCUGCCACUGGAUUCGCACUUGCUUUCACGCAGCCGAUCGAUGGACUUUCGGGCACAGAUCAAGGACAAGUCGCACGAGUUCUACAGCGGCGGAUUACAGGCCAGCGAGAUGAACGGCAAGCCCAGCACAGUGGGCGUACUUAGGAGUAGGUGCAAGAGUAGUAGCAGCAGUCCAAGACAAUCUGCAAUGCGUCUGUUCCUGGCAUCCACUCCGGUGGUGGCCAUCUUGGCGAACCGCAUAGACUGUUGCAAGACGUUCACCGAGAACCUUGUGUUUCUGCUGAACCGCGAAACAGACCCGGCAACGCAGGUGCUGAUCCUGCACAUGCUCAACUGCAUCCUAGUCGAUCCCAGCACGGCAGGCAUUCUGUACACGAACGACAUGCAUGUGCUGGUCGACAUCAUCCUUCGCGACCUGAGCAAUCUCUCGGAGGGCGUGCAGAGGCUGCGACAGGCGUACAUACUCGUCGUCAACGCACUGCUGCGCAAUCCCGUUUAUUUGGCUGCCCGCCAUAGGCUAUCCGACAUUGAGCUGUGCAUGGUCAAUAUGCUCAGGCAGUCCCUCGUGUGCUCACAAGAGCCGGCUGGUUUGGCGGUGGGCUUGCGGCGAGGGAGUACCAGUUCAUCAGUCACUAGGCACAACUCGAUGACAUCAGAUGUUAUUGCGCCCUUGGAUGUGAGGCGCAGCAGUCGUGUGGCAUCGCCGGUCUCGUCCUUGUCGUCGUCGAUGAGCGAGGAUACGUUCUUUCAGCGGCCGGUCGAUGACCCACCGGCGCCCGGAGCUGCUCCCAAAGCGUCCCGGCGCCCGGCCCCGCCACCGCCGCAGAGAUCCAGAACCGUUUCAAGCCAGUCAAGAUCUAAUGCGACUAUCCCCCCGGCGCAUAGCCGGCGACGCGCACCGCCGCCACCGCCUCCCCCAGUAUAUGCCCCUAAGAACCUGCACCCAGCGCCGCCCGAACCCUCGGCUGUCAACCACCAUGCUCGUGUCCAUCAAAGAAGGCCGCCGCCACCGCCACCGCCACCGCGUAACUUCACGCAAGUUGCUCCAUCGCCAAAACCAUCCACGCCCUCGAGAGCUCCGACGCCGCCACCGCGCACUGGCAUUUCUGCCUCUUCUGCUGCCAUGGUGAGCGAAAAGCAACGGCCAGCGGAGCAGACCGGGAUGAGGCGGCAGCUGUCUGUAAAAAAGAGCGUGUCCAAGUAUAAACGCAACAGCAUCAGGCUUGCGCCGCCGCCGCCGCCAAGAUCCCGCAUAUGCAGCAACGGGUCAUCUAAAAUGCCAGUUUCGCCGGUGAUUGAGGUUGAGGAUGACGUCUGUAGUAGCGUAGAUGACGUUGAUGAGGAUGAGGAUCUGCAGUCAUUGAAAUCGGGGUUCGGUGAUAGCGUUGAAGGCCGCAGGGCUACGCGCAAGCUUGUCGAGAACGCGUUGCGAGGGUGCCAUGAGGCUCGCGUUGCUGUUGUGUCGCGUAGUCCGAUGUGCUGAGUUUACUACUUUUUUCGGGUUUAUCGUUUGUGGCUCGGUUCGAUUAAUCAUCGUACAUCUUUAGAUAAAAAUAACAGAGCUCGGCUCGAUCAAGAUAAUACCCUGUAAAGUCAAUUUUGACAUUCUUUGAAAAAUUUAAG